UUAUGUUUUAGAUGUCCAAAUUCUAUGUCCCAGCAUAUUUGUAAAUGUUAUGCACUAUGUAUAAACGCUGAGACCAGGCAUAAUUCUGUCUGUCUGUCUGUCAGGCGAUGCAGUACAUGGAGCUUCUCCCUGAAGACAGGCGACCUGUGGCUGGCACAGCAGGAUCGUUGUAUCGCCACAAGCAACUGAUAAGACAGCUACCUUCCUACGAUCACGACCCUGCAUACUGCCACAGCCUGUCUGAGGUGGAGUUGAAAGCUAUGGCUCAGUUUGUGAAAUCCCUUAAAGAGGAAUCCUUAGGAGUAGGAGAGGUUGCCCUGCCUGGAGAAAAAUGUACAGCAGUGAAGAAUGAAAAGGCCUCCCAUGAACAGCCAGAUCCUGAGAUUACUGCAAAUGGAACAGCACAGUCUCCUCUCAGCAAUAAGAGUGAAUAUCAUUGCAGUGGCUGUGGACAGUUGGCAGCUAUGGACAGUCCUGUGGUAUACGCCGACAGGGCCGGGUACACUAGACUGUGGCAUCCCAACUGCUUUGUGUGCUGCGAGUGUGGUGAGCCUCUGGUGGAUCUGAUCUACUUUUGGAAGGAAGGAGCGCUGCUGUGUGGACGCCAUUACUGCCAGAGCAUCAGACCUCGCUGCCUGGGCUGUGAUGAGCUGAUCUUCUCAGAAAUGUUCCUUCAGGAGGCCAGCGGUCAUGUGUGGCAUAAGGAACACUUCUGCUGCUGGCUGUGUGGGCAGAAUCUCAGAGUUCAAUGUGCUUGUGACAAGCGGCAAUCAAAAUAGUUCAGAAUAGACAGAAAAUACUCCAAAAUAUGUUAAAAUGGCACUUUCUUUGUUUUAAAGACAA